CCAAUAGUUCAGUUUUUCAAAAAUCCGCCGAGCAAAGAUGGCAUCGACGACCAGCGUCAAGUACCGCCUCGUGGAGGCCGAAGAAGUCGCGCAGACGGCCGGCGAACCGACGUCGCCGACGGCCGCCGCCAACAAGAAGAAGCCCGUCGCUGACAAGACGACGGCCGGCCCGCGCCGUGCGCCCAACGGUGGCCGUGGCAAGGGUGGUCGCGGCGGCCGCCGUGAGAACGGCUUUUACGCCAACGGCACGUUCAUUGCGUACAACGACACGAAGGCGACGGCCGAGUACGCCAAGCAGCAGAUUGAGUUUUACUUGAGCGCCGACAACCUCGUGCGUGAUACGUUCUUGCGCCAGCACAUGGACGUCGAUGGCUACGUGCCGCUGGCCUUUAUCGGCAGCUUCCAGGCCGUCUUUGCCGCGCACCGCGACUACCCGACGCUGCUCGCGGCCAUGAAGACGUCGACGACGCUCGAGCUCGACGAGAAGAACGAGAAGAUCCGCCCGGUCGUCUGGAAGCAGUGGCUCUGGCCCCAGCCCGACGGCCAGUUUGGCGUCCCGCGCUACAUCAAGGUGGACGAAGAGACGCCUGCGACCGAGUAAGCGAUCCGACACCGCUCUGCUGGAUUUCCACAUUUUACAAAGUAAUAGAUAUGCAUGUUUGUUUUGGCCUG